AUGGAAGAGAUUAAUCACUUUAGUCAUGAAAACCAUCCAUUAAAGCUCAUCAACUCCAAGACAAUUGUUGGUGUUAGUUUUGAUGGUGGUGAUAUAACACCACAAGUGAUUGGCUGCUAUGCAUGUGAAAAACCCAUAUCAAGUGGUUUUGCAUAUGCUUGCAUCCAAUGUUGCUACUUUCUCCAUAAAGCAUGCGCACAACUUCCCCAUACUAUCAAUGACCCUUCCUUAUAUUAUCAUCAUCACCCUCUAACACUUACUGAUAUGAAAAAUACAGAUUCUAGAUCAAGGCAAUGUGAUGUGUGUCGUAUUCGAAAGACACCCGGAGUGUUUUCGUAUAUCUUUAUUAAGGAUAAUAAAUACACCUUUGUAGCUUGCAUUGAUUGUUGUGUUGCUAGAAUUUCUCUCAAGGCUGAAGUUGAUGCAAUCAAGGAGGAGCCAAAGAUCAAGGUUCAACACGAAGGCCAUCCACACCACACUUUAACCCUACAAUUAAGACCUGCUGCAUUGCGGUGUGAUGCUUGCAAUUCUAAGGAUGAAGGCUUAUUCUAUGAGUGUGAUAGUUGUGACUUCUGGAUCCACAAGACUUGUGCUUCCUUAGCCUCUACUAUCAAUCUGCCUCAUCACCCUAAUCAUCCACUUGUUCUCGUCUAUUCACUUUCUGAAAAAUUCUUUAAUUUCCCAUAUUAUUGUGAAAUUUGCAAUGAAUACAUCCUGCGGAAUGAAUGGUUGUAUCAAUGUGCAAAUUGUAGAUAUUUUGCUCAUAUAAAGUGUGCCUUACAUGCAGAACUUCCUUCUACUCCAAGUUCUAAACAAGAGUAUGUGGUUUCAAAGAUGAUGAGGAUGAAAAUGGUUUGCUGCAUUUUCCCAUGUGAGACGCAUUUACAGAUCCAUUGA